AUGGCUGCGUUAACCUUAUCCAGAGCGGACAAUUUCCUGCACAGUUUCUUACAGGAUCGCACUCCCAGCUCCUCUCCAGAAAGUGGUCCCAACACCCUUUCCUUUUUGGCCACCACAUGCAGUCAGGCUUGGCAGGACAGCUCGCAGCUCCCUUACGAGGGGCCAGUGGGAUCCACGUCAAGCAUGUUUCAGCUCUGGAGCAACGAUGUGGCCCCUAACUCCACCCUGAGUGCUCACCAGAUGACCUUCACCGUGCCUAAGGUGCAGUUCCCUGGCCACAUGCAGCACAGUCUGGGCUCCCAUUCACAUCACCACCAUCAUCAUCACCACCACCACCAUGAGUUGCCCCUCACUCCUCCAGCCGAGCCUCCAGCCGCUUACUCGUUCGAGCUGUCUCCAGUAAAGAUGCUCUCCUCCCAAGCACAGGGGAAUGCGCCAUACUAUGCACAACAUAAUGCUGUGGGUCAGAACUUUCCCAGCUUCCUUCAGAACACUUCAGCCAGACCUCACCUGCCUGGAGGGCAUGUUGAGGACAGCCAGCAGUGGUGGAGUCUCCCCCAGAGUAACAGCACAGCCUCUAGUCACCCGUUCUCCCUGGGUAGGCAGCUGGUUUUGGGCCACCAGCCCCAAAUUGCUGCCCUGCUGCAGGGCACCUCCAAGGGUUUGUUGAGCUCAACUCGCCGAUGCCGCAGGUGCAAAUGCCCAAACUGUCAAGCUACAGGAAAUGGCAGUUCUGCACUGGAGUUUGGCAAGAAAAGACUACACAUUUGCCACAUUCCUGAUUGUGGCAAGGUCUACAAAAAGACCUCACAUCUCAAGGCGCACCUGCGCUGGCACGCUGGCGAGCGACCAUUUAUCUGCAACUGGCUGUUCUGCGGUAAAAGCUUCACACGAUCUGAUGAGCUCCAGCGGCAUCUUCGUACGCACACCGGGGAGAAGCGCUUUGGCUGCCAGCAAUGUGGAAAAAGGUUCAUGCGUAGUGAUCACCUUUCCAAGCAUGUGAAGACCCACCAGAGCAGGAAGAGCAGGUCCAGUCAGCCUUCUCACAGUGGGACUGAUGCACUGCUAAGCAAUAUCAAGAGAGAGUAA